GAAUUUGGCCUGCAGUUUUUUCUGUUGCCUGUAGAGUUCAUAUCUUUGUCAGCUCAACUGCAAAAAGGCACACCGCAUAUCAUUGUCAAGAGAUAUAGUUAGUAGGAACAGACACUUCAGAUCAGCCAGCGGCUUCAUCAGAAAUAUACCAACAACACUUCUGAAGCAUGGACAAAGAGGGAAAGAUGAUGAUAUGCUGUCUGCUCUUAGCAGCUAUUAGCCCUGUGUUUAGUGGAGAAUGGAAGGCCACUGUUGUAGAACACCUUGACGUCCUGGUUUCAUCCUGUGUUGUGAUACCCUGUUCAUUCACCCAUCCUAAAGAGAACCUGCCAGCCUCCAAACUCAGAAAGAUCUGGCAUCGUUCAAAAGAACGAGAUCAACGCAUCUACCAUGAAGAUUCCACACUAAUCCUGGAAAACUUUAGGGGGCGCACACGGUUGGUGGAGGAAAGGAGUGCUAGCAACUGCACCUUAGAAAUAACUGAAAUUAAAGACCAUGACAAUGGCCCUUUCUGUUUCCGGAUUGAACUAGCACGGACACCGGGUGAUACAUCCACCAUUGACAAGUUCUCCUUUGUUGAAGAUUGUGUUGAGUUCACAAUGUUUAAUGAACCUCCAAAACCUACACUGAUUCACCCAAAGACAGCCAUUCAAGAUCGUCCUUACAUUGUCACCUGUUCAGUCACCCAUACCUGCCCCUCUCAUGUGCCUAAACUCACAUGGAGUAGGGCAACCACAGAAACUGAUGUCAUUGAGGUCCACAAACAAACUCAUGCUGGCCACUGGGAGGCAGAGUCCAUCCUGACGUUCAUUCCUGAGGAGAAGGAUGACCACAGUGAGCUUACCUGCACAUCACAAUUUUACGGCCAGAAGAGGUCCUAUUCAACACUGACACUCUAUGUAAAACGUAAAGAAAAUUACAACCACAUCAUCAUUCCCUCAGUGGUGGGGAUUGGUAUCACUGUGAUCUUUGGAGUCUUCUGCAGUUUCAUGGUAAAAAAAUACAAGACACGCAUUUCAGAGCUCCAAAGUCAGGAUGGAAGCAUGUGGAACCGGCUGUCCAGGAUGUCUCGCAGGAUUCGUUCUGAUGGCCCAGGACCAUCUCGUUCUGAUCAAAGAAGGUCUGUUUGGAGCAGAUUUUCGAGAAGGCCUAAAGGGGACAUGAGUUCCAGUCAUAUGCCCAAUAAUGAUAAUUCAAAAUCCUGUGCCGAUCAGAAAUUCGCAAAGGCUCGUUUCCCGUCCCCCAAAAGCCAGCCAAAAUCCUGCAAUUACAAAGAGGACCUUGAUGAUGGUGACGAUUAUGUUAACACUGAGGACCUCAACGUCUACGGAAACAUCUGAAAAGAAAUAUUUCCUUCCAAAGAGAGAAUUUGUGAUCAAAGAAGACAACAAUUAUCAUGAUCAUAUUCAUUUCUAUUAAUUAAUACCAUUGAUGAUUAUAUUAUUAUAUUAUUUAGUAAGUACCAGGAAGUAUGCAAGUCUGUUCAGCCAGUGUAUGUGUGUGUUUGGGCAUGGUGUCAACAUCGUUUGGCCUGAAACAUAAAUGUAAAUGCCUUUAUGAGAUUGAAUUAAAUAAAACAACUUGAUCCCAAA